CUUGCCACCAUUUUGUUUCCAAAUCAAGAACCAUCUUGUGCAGGAAUUUUUUUUUUAGUGUAUGUUAUCUAUGUAAACAAUUAGUUUGUAGUAAAGGGUUGAGAACAGUAUCACGAGUGUGCGAGUAAUGGGUCUCAGCAAACAGAAUAAAGAGAAAUUAAUACGGCAUUUAAGGUCGGAGAUGCAGGCUGCGGAAGUUGAACUUGAAAAAAAGACUGAACAACGAGCAGCUGAAGUUGAACAGAAAGUACGAAGAAGGUUAAAUACUGUGAGUGUUACUCUAUGGAAUGUUAAGAUAAAGGAUAUUUUAAAUGUUGAAAGACAUCAUAGAACUUCGGUUAAAGAGUUAUUAUAUGAUGUAGAUAAAUUAAGACGAAGUUCAGGUCAUAAAUCUACAAUUGAUGAUGUAAGACCCAAUCAUAGUGUUCGACCAAUUAAUACUGAUAGUGAGACUAGUUCUAAUAGAGAUACUCCUGGUAGAGUAACCAAACCAUAUCAUAGAUAAAGGUAUGUAAUUAAGUAAUUAAGUAAUUAAGUAACUAAUAAUGACUAAUGUUUAUUUU